AUGUCCACCGUUCGCGCAGAAAGCACCUUUGCCUAUCAUGGCCUGGAUACUGUCAAAUUCACCGACACUGAAACUGAGGUUGUCAAGUCGUUGAUAAGGAAUUUUCUUGAGGAUGUCAAGUUUGACCGGGCCAAGCCCCUGAUCAAGGACCCCGAGCUAGAAGCGGCCGUCUGGACAUACUUCAAGUCCCAGAACCUGGGGCAGAAGACGGAGAAGGCCGUGCACGACGUGCUCAAGUUGUCCACCACCCUGACACUCCAGGCCUACACGUCGCUGCCGUUUGAGAACAAGGUUCUCUGCGCCGUUCAAUUUCUCUACAUGUUUUUGGUGGACGAUAUAGCGCUAUCAUUCUUGGAGGAGCUCCGUCACUUCUGUCAAAACUUCACGCUCAACAACGAUCACCGGCAGCCUCUUCUUAAUGGCUUCGACAAGCACCUCCGGUAUCUUGGGCGUUAUUACGGGCCCUAUUGUCACUCCACCAUCAUCAAGUCCGCCUUCGACUACAUCAACGGCCGCAUCAUCGAGCAUGAGAUGGAGCAGGCUAACUUCAUUUUCUCUUCUCAAACCCGGCUAAUGCCCAUGUUCUUACGUACCAAGGUCGGGGCUGCUGAGAUCCUCAACUCAUUACUCUGGCCCAAGGCCUUGUUUCCAGAAGAUAAAUAUCUCCUCCAGUUUCUCCCUAUUGUGCAGGAGCUCGUGCUGUUUACGGAUUUCACCAACGAUAUUCUAUCCUACUACAAGGAAUUUGUCAUCAACCAGGAGAGAGGCAACUUUGUGGCGAAUUUCUCGAAGACACAUGGCAUGUCUCAUCUGGAUGUCUUGAGGAAGUUGACUAUUUACACUCCCCAGGUAGUAGGCUCUGUGUAUGAGGUACUGGAAGGCAAAAAGGAGAUGCGGAAGACAGUGCAGAACUUUAUCAAUGGCUGGAUCUCUCUGUGCACUUCUCAUCCACGCUACCAUUUGGUAGAGCUGUUUGCAGAUGAGGGCUAUCUGCCUCCGUAUAGCGAUGAUUCAUGA